GAUUGGCCAGCUGCCCUCCGGGCCCGCGUGUCCCUCCGAUCCCCAUGCUCCUCCACUGCUGCUCAUCCCCGUCCUUCGCCUUUAAAGGCUACCAUGGCCAACCAAAGAUGGAUAAGACAACCAGGACGAGUUAUUAGCCGAUACAUAGGAGAUAUGGUGUGAGGAUUCGGACUCUCUCUCUCUCUCUCUCUCUCAGUGGGUACUUUAUAGCGUAAGGUCCAGAAGGCCAUGGAAGUGGAAGACGAUGUCUUCUUUGCAGAUCUAAGCAAGCGGAUGGCGCUGCUAAUCAUGGAGGACGAGGAAGAAUCCCCGGCGCAGUGUCCGACGCUUCCGGUUCAGGAGCUUCCUUACAUGCCCCAGAUGUUGAUGCUACCACCACACACCAACGAGGUGGCCUACAGAAGAAGGGAGAGCAAAGGAACAGGAGUCUUCAUCCCACUCUCUGCUGCACCAGGAAGGAAGAACAGGUCAAAGAGAUCCACUGCAGUGGAGGACAGCAGCAACCCCCAAAGGCAGCAGCUGGGCAAAUCUGUUGCAGCAGUGGCUUCUCAUGCCACCGAUGCCGAUCUCAUCUACCCACAUCAGUGCAGUAAGUCGAGUGUGUUGAAGAGGCAGUGCAUGUAGGAGUAUCAAAUGGUCUGUAGCUCACACCAACUGCAGUUUGGGUCUUGUAUGGUGCUGUGUACAGAACAAUUACUCUCGUGAAGAGGGUUUAAAAUAAGCCUCUAACCUCUUCAGUGAAGUGUAUAAUUCUUCCUUGGAAUGCAUUAUUUGGUGUGAAUGUAAAGCAUGAAAAUAAUCAUGUUUUUGA